AUGGCCCACCCACCCGCCGUCAUCCACCAACUCCAGUUCUCUCCUGCUGGACGCACCCCAGCGCUCCACGCUCCACGCUCCACGCCAUUCCUUCACCUACACCAACCACUGUACUCUCAACUUGCGCCUCCCCACAACGUCCACGGACGUGAUCUGGAUGCCGGCGAUAUGAUGCCCAGUAGCUGCCGCCUCGUUCCGUUUUCAACUUUACUUCUGGCUUGGGCGGGCUUUGUGCUGGCUGGCGACACCAUCACCUCCGGGAAGAUCAAAGUACAGCUUUUUGCUGCGCCCUCGUUCUUGAGCGAGGUCAGUGUGGACGCGUAUAAUAACCAGUGUCUGUCGCUGGACAAUAAUCUCAUCGAUGGGCGCGUACAGAGCAUCUUAGUAGGCGGACAUGACGUCCCGACUGUGCUACAGAGGGAUGACUACUGGAACUGUCGCUUCUAUGACAACUAUGACUGCGAUGGCGACGACAACCUGGAUCGGUACUUAGCAAUAUCCGACGGUGCAAACAACCUUGGAAGCAUUGGUUGGGGCACGAAGAUACACGGCCUGAGGUGCCGCAACCGUGACCAUGACGACGACUGA